AAAUUGAAAAAUAAUGGACUCCUUUGGAAACGAUGACUUUCUCCUUGAAUUCGCCUUUAGUAGCCCUAAGAAAGAGCCUAAAGAUGAGGACUAUGAACUAGUCAGCUCAACACCUGAGAUCGACGCACUUGAGAUCCUUAUAGAUGACAAGAGCCAUGAGAACAAGGAGACUGAAAUGCUCGCAAGGGAAAUUUAUAAAGGUAUCCAAAAUUCAACCAAAACCAAUAUUUCUUCUCCUUCUUUCCAACAAAAUACAUUUGAAAAUGAAGAGAAUAUUUCCCAAAACAGUCAGAAAAAUAAUAGGAAAAUAAAAUUUCAAAGCAAUAGUUCUCCUAAAAAGACUGAGAAAGAUUUUUGUAAAUAUAACCGUAAGCAAGCCUCCACUAAGGAUGCUAAGAAGAGUUCUGAAGCUUCUAAAAAUCAAAGGAAGCAUAAGUCCAACAUGAAAAAUUUACAUCCUGAUCAAAAAGAGAGAUCUAAGUCAAAAUCUGCACCCAAAAAUGAGAAAAUUGAAUAUGAACCAGAGACUUUAAAUAUUGCACCAAUGGAUAAACCAGAGCAGCCUCAGAGUAUACUGAAAAGAAUAGGAUCAAAAUAAGAGGAUCGCCUCAGGCAAUAGAUCGAGAGGCCCAGGAUCGAUACAUAGUAACAGAGGAAGCUCAUGCAAGUCACAAAGAGGAUGAAAUACCUCUCAAUUACUUCAAACACAUAAUAAUUCCAUUGCUGGGCUUCAAAGCAAUGCGACUGGAAUGAAAAACUUAAAGUAUAAUUCAGUAUCUCUUUCUCAAGCAGAGUCCGAAAAUAGUUGUGAUAGCAGAUAUGGCUCUCAGAAAAGAGCUGGGUCUAUCUGAAGAGGAAAUAUAAUUCAAGCUAAAAAUAAUAUGUCUUUUAAUGCACACCAAAAUAUCAGAGAUAGCUAUGAAACUAACGGGAAAUCUCUAGCAAAUUCAGGCAUCAGACCAGUUCACUCUCCUGUUCUUAUUAGAGAUGAGGAGGUUAACUUCAAAACAGAAGAAUCAAAGUGAUCAAAUGAAGACCUAAAUGAACUAGAUAAGCUACUUCAGCUUAAUGAAGAUCCUCCCUGAAAUAAGGAGAUUAUGGAAACUCAAGAAGUUAGAUUACAAGGACUCAAAGACUCAAGAGCUACUAGGCUUUCAAGAGAGGAUAUUAUUAAUCUGCCGAAGCCAGUUCCUCAAAAUAGGAAAUGAAUCAUUGAUAGCCUAAAAUCAUUAAAAGAGCCAAUAAUGAUCAAUGGAUUAAAAAUAUAUGAACCAGUAGGCUCAACUCUGUGGGAAGUUCUCCAGAAUCAGCCCCUCACUGCUCUCCGGCUGAAACUUUCAAAGCCUAAAAUGCUUGAAAAUGUACUUAACAGGUGUGAAGAAGUCUUAUCUCAAACAAUGGGAGAACAUCUAGAAAAGCCUUCUCCAAUGCUUAGGGCACUACAGUUUAGACUUAUCAGAAUCUUAUAUAAAAAGCAGCUAUACCCCCUGACCCUUCGCCUCCAAGAGACCAUCUACGAAUACAAUAGCAAACUAGUGUCACUGGAAGAGCUCAGAAUGGUCUGGAAGCAGACCUGCACUUACACCAGAAAGGUCAAUGGAGAUAAAGGUCUUGUCUCAAAAGUCCGCCAAAACAGAGCUUUCGAAAUGAGAAGACAAAUGAAUGUGAACCAAUUUGGAGUGAGUAAAACUCAGAAUCUUCAUAAAUCAAAAUAUGAAGAAAGAGAGCAAGAAUGAGAGCUCAAUUAUAAAUUAUGCAAAGAUAUUUGUAAGAAAUUACUCCAGAAAUGAUGUCUAUUGAGCCUGAGACUCCACACUCGUAUUAACCAGGAGAUUAGAAGGCUAGUAGAUCUUACUCAGGGUAACACUGAGGUAAAGAGGAAAAUAUUUGAUCAGUUCAAAUUGCUCAGACUUGAAAGAGCUGAAAGGAAUAAGGUCUACAAUAAUGCUCAAAAACAUAUGCAACAAUGGAAACUUUACAUGUGUCUAAAAUUUUGGCAGAAUAUAAAGCAGUAUGAGGCAAAGCAAUUAGAGAGAGAGGAAAAGGCAGUAGAACUCUUUCAAAAACGAAGAGUUUACAGAAUAUUUCAUCAUUUCAAACUUGGGAUUGUGCAGAGUAGAAUCUCAAUAAUUAAUAAAAGACUAAUAUACAGCUAUUAUUCAAAGAAGAUUCAAGCAAAGUCAUUAAUAGAAUGGUGUAGAAGAACCCAUGUGGAUAAAUCAAUCAAAGAAAAAGUGAUAAAAAUGAUGAACAAAUCAAACACGAGUCUAAAUAGCUCUUUAUAUAGCAUGAAUAAGAUCCAACUUGAAAACUAUUUCAACAAUCUUAGAGAAAGUAGUGACAUUAGAAUCAAUGAAGAUGUCUCUGAGAUUAUUCGUGAAAGAGACCAUUACAAAGUCUAUAUCAAAAAUGAGCAAUUUCAGUUUGAAACUGACAUCAACACAAGAUACCCACUGAAGUUAGAUAUUCAAACUAAAACUUUCUUCGAUCUUUCAUUUCGAAAAAUUAAGUGAGAGAAUCAAUACUUCAAGUCAUCAAGAGAGAACUUUGCUCUCACCCCUGAAAAAUUGAGAAGAAGAGAUACUCCUCAGACUAAAUUUGUUGAUUUGCUGAAAUCUCAUAAUAGACAAAAUUCAUUCGACAGGCUUUAUGAGACGUCGAUUCAGCCAUAUACUGAAGAUCUAAAGAAAAGCAUGGCUGAGAAGGAGAUGAUUCACAAAUCUUUGCAUAAUUUCAGACUCAGUCAAUCUACUUACAGUCAAUCUCCAAGUAGGCAUAAUGAGAACCAAGGCUUAGAUAUGAGCCCUUAUGGUUUAGACAGGGUAAAUAUUUGCCAAAUUAAAGCGAUUCCUUGAAAAGAUGACUUUUUCCAUAGUCCAAAUCAAGAAGUAAGAGGUGCUUCACAACUAAAUUCCUUCCCAAAGCCUCUACCAAGAAGAGUGUUUGUCCCUCAAAAUGCACCAAAUGAUAUUUUCAGAAAACUUGAGAGUAAAAUGAAGGCUUCAAUGUCUGUCAAAAAGAAUGAAUCUUUCAUUCAGCCAGAUAGAUCUGGACUCAUUGCAGCUGGAGCUAUCAGUCCAGAGGUCAGGAUCAAGAACCACAUCCGGACUUUACUAAACAGUAUGAGAGCUUUAAGAGAUGUUCCUGGAAACUAUUUCAAAAAUAGCUUCUUCAAUAAAAGUCAGCUAGAUACAAGGAACAUCAAGAGUUUAGAGGACACAUUGAGACAGGCCAGGAAAAUGCACCCAGAAAUGCCAAUGACUGAACUCUGAUCUUCCAUCUACGGAUCGAAAAUAGUCAGUCUAUGCUUCACUCAGUGGAAGAUUGCAUUCAUCCAAAAAUGGAUAUGCACUGAUAUGCAAAUGCUUCAGAGAUAUAGAGCAGGAAAAACUGCCCUUAGGAGUAUCAGAGCGUAUCUUCAAGAGAAGAGGUCUAAUAUCCAAGAAUUUAAGAUAAAGAGAGAACUCAUGUUCAAGUCCCGUGUUCUCAAAGCUUGGCAAGAUUAUCGAAAUCUUCCAAUUAAAAGAUUUAGACAACACAGGAUUUUAUUGAAGUGGAAGAAAGCUCAUUCUGAUACAAUGAUGCAACGCUUCAAACUAAGAGAUGCUCUUCAGUUUAGAACCCGAUUGCUGCAACAAAAAGUUAUGUACAUUUUGUAUAGAUUUUCUCAAAGCAGAAUUAUUCCAAAAAGGAGGCACCAAAUAACUCUAAAGACUAAAGCAAUGUUUUCAUGGAUCCAAUGGCACAAGAAAGUGAAAUCUAUCAGAAAUCUAUGAUCUAAGUACAUGAACCAGGAGUCUGUAAAAACUGCAGAAAGUGUGAUGGCUUAUAACUACUUGGUCAGAUGGCGAAACAACGUUCAUGAAGCAAUCUCUCAUGAAAGGGACCAAGUGAUGACCUACACUGCUCUCAAUUUCAGGAUUUCAACUCUCUGCAGUAAAGCCUUUAGAGCCUGGAAGAUGAAGAUCAAUAUGAUGAAAGUGAUUAACAAGGCAGAGAGGAAAAUUAUUUGUGCAACCCUUGGAUUCCCAUUCUUUUGUAUCAAAGACCAAUCUGAAAGAAACUACAUGAAUAUCGAUAUUGACAGCAGCCAAAGCUCAGAAAUUCUCCAGCAUCAAUACGAGUCUGAUAAGCUUAAGUGCAGGCUAGCAAUCUUGUUUAGGAAGAGGAGUCUUAUGAUAAGUUGGAGAGAAGUUGCGCUCUCCAAAAGGAUAGAUUUUCCAUGAGAUUACUACAACCUAAAAACUGCCAAGAAAGCCUUUGGAUGAUUCAAAGUUGCCUUGAAGAACAGAUGGAUUAAGCAAAAAAAUAAUAUUCUCUGAGAAGCAUACAUUGAACGGAGAGAGGAGAAAAUAAAGAUGAAGGUGUACAUUAAGCUCUUUCAAAACGUCCUUGCAUCCAAAAGGGAAAGGUACCAAGAGAAAGUAUGUGAUGAUUUCAGGAAGGACUUCUUAAUCACCAAGGCUUUCAAGUCACUAAAGACCAAGCAUACUCCAAGAGAAGGUAUUGACAAAGCACAGUUUAAUAAAGUGCAGUAUAUGAGACCUGAGUUCUCUCAGAAUUUAGAAGAGCCUUCUGGAUCAAGUCAGUUCCAGAGUCUCAAAACAGAUUCAAGAGAGCUCAGCAUUAAGGACCUCAAGGAAGUAAAUCAGGAUAACAAAGAUGAGCUUUUAGAAGAUAUUUACCAAAGGGUAAUGGUUUUCAAGCGCAAAAUGCUAAAAACUAGAUGAUUCGUAGCAUGGAAGUACCAUUUUAGAUAUGAGAAAUCUAUUACAAUUCAAAGUUCUCCUAUGGGUGAAGGUAGAGAUGACCAACUUGAGCUUUCUGGCUCUUCUAUAUUGAAUCUUUCCCUAAGUAACGACAAUGGAACUCACAUAAAUCAUGAAGAUCUGGAGUUAUCUGAGCAGCCAAGAUCUUUUACAGAAGAGUUCUGAGGUGAAAACCAAAACCCUAAAGGUCCGAAUGAAUACUCAGAAUCACAUUGUCAAAGAUUUUUCAAAGAUCUUGAAAACGUAAUGAGGAGGAGAAAAAUAUACUAAUUUAUUAAUCAAUCUCAUUCA